CAGAGGUGGCCCUUCGCAGGAGCUGGUGGCAGAACUGAAGCGACGGGCGAGCGGCCUGUCAUAGACGGGCGGCCAGCAUGGCGGCGGACCCACGGGGGACUCUCGAAAAGGUCCUGCAGUAUGAAGCCUUCCUCAGCGAUGUCCUGCAACGAGAUCUGAGGCAGGUGCUGGCGCAGCGGGAGGAGGUCUACGGCCAGCUGGCGAAUUACCUGCAGCUGAAGAACGUCCUGGAGCGGCUCCAGGAAUCGGGGGAUCAGAAGCUGCGCACACAGGUGGAUUUGGGGUGUAACUUCUACGUGAACGCCGAAGUGCCAGACCCUUCCCGGAUCUUUGUGGCGCUCGGUUAUGGCUUUUUUCUGGAACUGACAUUGAUGGAGGCCUUGAAGUUCAUCGACAGGAAGAGCCGCCUGCUCACCUCGCUCAGUGACAGCCUCACCCGAGAUUCUGCUCGGAUCAAGGCCCACAUCCGACUGGUGUUAGAGGGCCUUCGCGAAUUGCAGGGGCUACAGGAGCUGCCAGAGGUUCCAAGACACUGAUUAGGAUGCCGAGAAUUUCCUCUCCAUGAUAACACUACUCUGGAGACUAACACUUGUUACUUGAAAUCAGAAAUCCCUUUAAUAAAAGCUGGGAACGAG